AUGUCUGCACCCUCCAGCGACGGCCGGCCCUCGACAUCCUCGGAACCUUCGGCGACGUCAUCGCGGACACUUCAUUCGAGGGGCUCGGGUGCCUACACCGAGCAUGGAGAGGGCAGCACCCAUCGGCAGAGAUACGCCUCUGGGUACGACACAGGCACAGUGAAUGGCGCAAAUGGGACGCAGUCACGGAGCCAGAAUGGACUUCUCUCUACUGAGUCUGUGGACGACCAGGACUUUGCCCGGCGACGACAACGAGUGCGGCGAUCAGGGGGCUUCCUGCUGGAAUCGAGCUUUCCCACCAGUCCGCGCAAGCACCAGGCACGUGCCGAUGACAAGGGAAAACGAAGCUCGCGGCAUCUCGACGUGUCUAGGGUCGACGGCCAGCAAGAUGGUAGAAGGCGAAGGCGGCACUCACCUGACAGCUCUCCCGUGACCAGGGAUCGAGAAAGUGCUGCGAGCGAGGCAACAUACAACGGUUCAGUUGAGACAAGGAUGCAGCACGGCGACGAACUUCAUGUUGGCAGAACUAGGAAUGACGCGUGGAAUAUGCAGGAUGGUAACCAACGGCCGACAACACCACAAGCACCCGCCAUCGACCCAAACCAGCUCGUACACAUGGCUCUUAAUCUGAGCGAGAGUCGAAGGAGGAACAUCAACGCCGGUCCGUUGCUAGCAGCCCAGCCGAGGACCGCGUCUGGUGGCCAGCGAGAAGGAAGCUUCUCUAAUCAAGGUGCUGGGGGCAGUCUGAGGCAGUACUUGAACGAACAACGCAGAAUGUCGCGGAACAUGUCUCCCAUGGGAGGUCAAGGCUCGCCAUCGCGACAUAUGUCAACUUCGAUGCAACGGAGCGGGUCCAUGGCGUUUCCAAGCUCACAGUCUUUCAAUCCUUCGCCCGCCACGAUUGCUCGCAGAGACAAAGCUCGCAACUACAUUGAGCUACGGAUAGAAUACCUGCGGCUACUGGAGCAUCUGCCACCACUCAAGCUCGAUGCUAAUGCACCCGGCAACUUCAUUGUGACCGCAAACAACAUGCCAGGCAGCCCACAGGCGCAACUCACUCGGGUGCCCUCGUACGCGGGCAAACAGUACGAUCUGGGCCGCCCAUAUAACCCUUUGCAGUACAUUCGGAACAGGAGAAGCAGGGCGCGUGAACGACGAUCUCUCAACCAUGCCCCUCAUGAGUUCGCCGACAUCCAUGAGGUUCGCGAUUGGGUCGAUACCGUCGAGCGGACUGCAGCACGACCUGGGUACCGGCGAGACGACGGUGUGUCCUUGCCCAAAAUCCAUGAUGAUCAUCCCGAGAGCCUUGAGUCCAGAAAGCCGCCGAAACCACACAAGGGGUGGAUAUUUGCACCGGAAGAGCUGCUUGCGGAUGCAUAUUGGCUUGAGCAAGGGGACAAUAAGACGAUCAUUGAGAAUCGUCAUGGUCGCAAGAUCUACCCGCCUAGAGAAACACCAAAACCAGACUUGUUGCAACCCCGCGCGAGCAAAGAAUACUCCGACAAGCGAAGGAGAAGCUGGAUCGAAGGUGUGACAGGUGGCGACCCUCCAAGCGGAGGCGAGAGCGAGAAGGGAAGCGAACGUGGUCGCAAGCGAAGGCUCCUUCCUGCGUUCCGCUCGGACAGUCCAAAACAUGGCAGACAUUCUCGACAUGGCUCACGUCUUCGGGCAAAUAUUGACAGCGACUCAUCAGACUCGGAUUCCGAUUCAGGGACACGUAGGCCGCGUAUCGUGAUCGACGAAGACCAUAACACAGGUCCUUUAGCACUACAGUUGGAGACGAGGCUGAAGCAGCAGGCAAAUCAAGCACACGAAAAGUCGCCAAACAUCGUCUCACCAGACACGCCAGACAAGUGGGGUAGAUAUCAUCCCGGUGUGUCAGCAGAGAAAGUAUCCAGAGACUCACUGGAAGUCCCUCGAAUCGGCAAUGGAUUUUCAAGCAUGGAUCAUCCCGGACAUUUCAGGAUGCCACCUCGCGUGCGGACCAAUGCUACUCUGACUAUAGACGACGACAUUGAGCCUCGCUCCUCAUUUGAUGACCAGGACAGUACAGCGCCGAAUACUCCAUUACACCAGAAGCGAUUCCCGCGCCUUAGCGGGCAUUACUCGCCUCCGCCUAGUCGCGAUAGCUCCGUGACCCGGAAGUCCAAGCGUAACAAAUUCAAUCCAUUUCAUUCUCAUGAGAAUAGCGGAGAACACGAAGAUGAUCACAAUGAUACGGAGUCGGCGGAAAUGGACAAGAAGGGGCGGUCUCGGCAGACGAGCGACGAGAAGCAAGACAGUGGCCAUGUCGGGCAUGCGAUCAUGGCUGCUCCAAGUGCUGUCAAAUCACUCCUUAUGCAUCGGAAGAACGACAGUACCAGUAGCUUGCCUAGUCCGGAGAAACUUCGUCGUAGAGACACGCAAGAACCUCACUCUGCUGUCUCUCGAUUCUUCCAGGGCGUUAAGCACGAAGGCUCGAAAGUCGGAGGGUUUGUGUUCAGAAGAGAUCGUCCGGACGAUGAUGACACAGACACUAUGUCUGAUAGCCAAACUGCAGAGUAUGGUACGGAUACGUCUGUCAAAGCAUUAUCUCGUUCGGCUACAGCAACUACAAUUGAUGCGCCCACUCCGAAACGCGACAGCCGCUAUCAUCUGGACCUACCAACGUUCAGACCGGCGCACGAAGCUCAUAUGGAUGGAGAUGGUGGGUUCCUGCCCAUGGAUCAUAUUUCGCGACAAAAUCGUGAACGACAAAAUAGCCGUUCACCUCGCUUCGACAAACUCGCGCCGCCGCGUAUGGAUCUGGGUAGACUAAAUACCACAACGUCUCAAAUCGUAUCAGAAGUCAGUCCGAAACACGGUCAAGAUCAGAUGAAGAAGGUACUCGCUCACCCUAGUGGAGUUGGUCACGAAGAUCCGUUCGCAACCAGUCUGAGGAACGCUCGCGAUACAAGCGAUCGAAACCGAAGCAGGUCAAGACCAGGACUUGACGGAAAGCGCCACUGGAGUAUUGCUGACGAUGAUGGGAACAUCCUCCGUCGCAAGACUAACGCAGAACUUGUCACGCAAGCUGACAUUGCGCGCGUACGUGCUCUGUUCCUAUGUUCUGGUGUGAAGGCGAAGGAGAUCAAUCGUCGAGCCCAUACCAAAAGAUCGCCUCCAGCAGACUUCCUCGUCAGGGCCGCGAAGACGGCGGAUAGAGAGCUGGUUCCCGUUGCCAGAAAGGAGGAACAUGUCUUGGCUGCGCGACUGUUAUUGCGCGAACUAGAGUCAUCGACUCGGUCUCUCAGCGCAUCCACGCAGCAAUUCCGUAACAAGACGAUCAAGGAACUGUCCGAACGCGUGACGGAAUUGAGGCGCAAAGUCGAUUCUGAUCUCAUGCCUCGGAUCUUUGAGGGUGGAGACACUGCUGUUCGUAUUACUAGCGAGAUAUCAGGCCAAGGUCCUUUGCAAGUCAAACAGAUCACAGACGAUAUCGACCGAAUGUUGCGCGCUCGCCCACGCCGAAUGAGAUGGCUCCGCGGCUUUGGAUGGAUGCUGGUCGAGUGGGCGCUAGUUGCAGUCAUGUGGUGGCUGUGGCUUGUAGUUGUUCUAGUAGGAUCUGUGAAGAGAGUAUUUGGAUUUGGAUGGGGCGUUGUGAGGUGGUUGCUGUGGCUGUAG